UGGGGUCUCGUGUGUUCCUCGGUGGGCGCCAGGGGAGCCACAUCAAGGGGGGCAGUUCGGGCCGGAGAAGGGGUCAAGGAUACGAAGCUCCCCUGGGCGCUGGACAAAGGACGUACACCAGGCAGAAGGAAACGAACCUUAGAGGGAGCUGGCUCCGCCUCUAAGGGAAGAGAGUGGGUGGGUGAAGCCCGGAGGGCGGGGUCCAUGCGGGCCAGAGGAGGACUGCUGGGCUGGAGUACUAGCGUCGCGGGCUGCUUGGGGCGGGACGGGACGGGACGGGACGGGACGGAACAGCGGUGCACGGGUUGCGCUUCCGGCCGGAGGCUUUUUUUCCGCGCUCCGUGGCAUCCACUGGGGGGGCUGGGGGGGGGCGAAUCCGGAAGUCAACAACAUGUCGACUCGGCACCAGAGCCGAAUUGCAGAUUUCCAGGAUGUCCUGAGGGAGCCCAAGAUUGCCCUGGGGAAGCUUCGAGAACUUAGUUUCAGUGGGAUCCCUUGUGAGGGUGGACUACGCUGUCUUUGCUGGAAGAUUCUUUUGAACUACCUCCCCUUGGAAAGGGCCUCAUGGACCUCCAUCUUGGCCAAGCAGAGGGAGCUAUAUUCUCAGUUCCUGAGAGAAAUGAUCAUUCAGCCUGGCAUAGCCAAAGCUAACCUGGGUGUGUCUAGAGAGGAUGUCACUUUUGAAGACCAUCCACUCAAUCCAAACCCUGACAGUCGGUGGAAUACCUACUUCAAGGACAAUGAGGUGUUGCUGCAGAUAGACAAAGAUGUUCGGAGGCUAUGCCCAGACAUAUCCUUUUUCCAGAGGCCUACGGAUUACCCUUGCCUCCUCAUCCUGGACCCUCAGAAUGAAUUUGAGACCCUCCGAAAGCGGGUAGAACAGACUACAUUGAAAUCACAGACAGUGGCAAAAAACCGGAGCGGAGUCACCAAUAUGAGCUCACCUCAUAAGAGCCCAGCCCCGAAUUCACUAAGUGAGUAUGAAGUUCUGCCCAAUGGUUGUGAAGCUCAUUGGGAAGUGGUGGAGCGUAUUCUCUUCAUCUAUGCCAAACUGAACCCAGGCAUCGCUUACGUCCAGGGCAUGAAUGAAAUCGUGGGGCCUCUCUACUACACCUUUGCCACUGAUCCCAAUAGUGAAUGGAAAGAGCAUGCUGAGGCAGAUACAUUUUUCUGCUUUACCAACCUGAUGUCUGAGAUCCGGGACAACUUCAUUAAGAGCCUGGAUGACUCCCAGUGUGGCAUUACCUACAAGAUGGAAAAGGUGUACUCUACCCUAAAGGAGAAGGAUGUAGAGCUCUACUUGAAGCUGCAAGAGCAAAACAUCAAGCCACAGUUCUUUGCUUUUCGAUGGCUAACACUGCUGCUGUCCCAGGAGUUCUUGCUUCCUGAUGUAAUCCGAAUUUGGGAUACCCUCUUCGCUGAUGACAACCGAUUUGACUUCCUCCUCCUUGUCUGCUGUGCCAUGUUGGUAUUGAUCCGGGAGCAGUUAUUGGGAGGGGACUUCACCUUGAACAUGAGGCUGCUUCAGGAUUACCCCAUCACAGAUGUUCACCACAUCCUACAGAAAGCCAAGGAGCUCCAGGACUCGAAGUAAGCCUAUAACAGGGAGGUCCAGGACUCCAACUACCUAAGGAAAGGCCCUGUGCUCAUGGCUGAGUCUGUGUCAGCCCUUAGAGACUCCCAGAAGCCUUCCCUUUGCCUGGAGCUGUUGGAGCAGUAGAGUUCGAGCUGAUUGAAUACUCUUCUCCUGGUGUCUCACAUCCACAUGACCUAGUCAGCACCUCCAAAGCAGCUCCAUUCUUUUAUAAUUGUAUUUUUUCCCCUAGUUUGGUUCUUCAUUAUCUGGCUACUAUCUCCCAUUCCCUUCUCAAGCUCCCUACCCCCUUACACACUCCAUACCCUAGUAGCACUUUCCUCCAGGUCAUUUCAAGAUAGACUCACUUUCUAUGGGAAGUUCCAAUUGAGUGAGUGGGCUGUUUGGAGGUUGACAAGAGGCCCUUCAUAUCUCUACCUCCCUAUCUUUUUCUCAGUCCUGCUGCUGAGGAUUGCACUACUGCUUUUCCUACUUUUGGAUUUGCUUCACCUUAUCUCUUGGGGGUGGAUGGAGAAGUAAAGAAUUGUAUAGAGACUCUUUAUUCUCUUCCUAAUAAGUGCUCUGGCUCCUUCCCUGAAAAAAGUAAUUCUAGAAAGAACCAGAAGCUGAUAGAGGAACUUCUCUCUCAGUGUCUCUCUUCCCUCUCACCCUCCUGUUUUACUAUAUUUCAGGGCUAUUUUCCACACCAAUUUUGUCAAAGCAAUUAGUUGAAUAGAAUUCCCAGGUAGUGAAUCACCUGAUGACAUGAAAAUCCCAUUUCCAGGGAGCCAAGAAUAGUGCCAGUAUGAGGGAGCUUAGACCUUGCUUGUAUGCCCACAGUGGUUUAGGAACUUGGAUGUCUCUUCCAUCCCCAAUUCUCUCACCUUUAAACCUCUGCUCACUAUGUUUUGGCAGGCCAACAGUAUUUUCUGAGUUUGGUAAACCCAGAGUUCCUCACUGCCCAAUUAAAAGAAAUUUGUCUUGGAAUCCAAAAGUCACUAAGUUUUGCCCUAUGAGUACUUUGAACUGAAUAUUACUCACAAAACCUUUGUUUUCUCUUCCCUUAGGUCUCUUUGUAUUCAGAACCCUAGAAUAGUACAUUUGCCUGGAAAGAGUCUGGAGGGUGGGAGGCAGGAAUCUAGGAGUUUUUUUCUUAUGAAUGUUCUUAAGUGGCUUAAGGAAAGUGUCUUAGCUUAUACUGAUUUGGGGACAGGUAUCAAAUGAUGAAAAGAAAUUGAGAUCAUUAAGAUGUUCCCCCUUGGGUCGGUUGUUGCACAAGCACUUAUUGUAAUUUGUAGUGGGGCUUAUCUCCAAACAACAUCCUGAUGCUAAUACUGAGGACUGAAGAACCCAAAUGAGCUAGUACAAGAAAGUCCAUUUGCUUAGGGAACAAGCCAGCACUCCAUUGGCAUAGACACUAAAGCAGAAGAAUCCUAGAAGGGUUUGCUGGCCAGCUUCACCCCUUGAUAUAGCAAUGAUUGAAUGUAUGACUUUACAUUGUUCAAAAGCAUGUUAAUUUCCUUUGGAGUGCGUAUGUACAAUAUAAUAUUAGGAGAAGGUAAAAGAAACAAGGUAUUAUGGGGGGGGCUUCAAGGUUUAAUUGGUUUCUUUUUCUUCUUAUCUGUCAUGACAUGACAUGACAUGCUGUCAUGCAGCAUGAUCAGGAUUUUGGAUCUGACUCUUUAGGCUUUUUUCCUUACAUGUGCAUCCUUAGGUUUCCCAGGCUUGAAUCCUGCCACGUUCCUGAUAAUGAGACCAUUUCUUUUACUGGUUCUAGUUAUUAGGCCAAGCACCUCAUUCCAUUUCUGCUAGGGUCUUCAUAAACUUCUGUCUCCUGCUCUCACUUUUCUAAGCCCUGACAGUAUUUGGGAGAUUUUACUAUUUAUUAAAAUUCCAUUAUUUAUUACAGGUGGGCAAAUUUAGUGGUAAAAAUGAAUGUGUAGUCCUCAUGACUUAUCAAAGUCGCCUGAAUAUUCCAGCAUCACCCCAUCACCUUUAUUUCUAUAGCAUUCCUAUCUGUCACUAUUAUUGGUUCUGAAAGGAGGGAGAGAAAAAAUAUAUAGAUGAUUUCUUUCCCUUUAGGCUGGCUCACCACCUGAUGGUACUUGCUCAGUCUUGGGUGAUUCCUUUUAACUCCUUACUUCUGAUUGGAGAUGUGGAGUCUGUGGUACUCUAGGGUAAUAGGGAGAUAACUUGAGCAGGGAACUGCUUAAAGAUACAGUCCACCUCCCACUCACCCCCAGCUUUAGGUUGUGUCUAUAAUCCCUGACACUUUUAAGGGGUAGGACAUGUGCUUGAGAAAGGACCUGGGAGUGAUUAGAGAUUUCUUUCCAUUCACAGGGGUAGGAAGCACUUAUAUUCUUUUUGCUUAUUUUCCUUUUGGAUGACCCUUUCUAAAGCUUCAGGAGAAAGUGGAAUGAAGUUGGGGCAUGUUUUCCUAGUCAGACUCUAUGACCGUCUACCAUCUUUUCCCAUGGGAUGUUAAGAGUAGUUGAUCCCUUGCUGGAAAAAUAUUCUCUGUUUUACCUUACAGUACCAGGAUUGUACCUCAGUAUUUUUAUGGCCUGAGGGUUUUGGCUCAGGGGUCUAGCCAAGACUGCCCAGAUAAGCUUAGACACAUUCCCUUCUUGCCUUCUCCGGGCUUAUACUGUGCUAUAUAUAACCCUGUAAUGAAGAUGGGACAUGAUCACCCCAGAAACCUACUGUUUUGUCCUGAUGCUUUCUUGACCGUGCAAGGAAGGCUGGGGUUGUAGGGAGAAUUCUGUGUUAGCAACGAAUCAGGCUAUGAUAGAUUUAUGGGAAGUGUCUAGACCAUUGGUCUAGUUUGUUGGAGAUCUGGGUUUCCUUCCCUUUGGUUAAGCCCCCAGAUUCAAAUGGUGGACUCAUGAAAGUGGUCAGGGUCUACAGGCCUGGGUCCUAGGUCAGUGGUCUCCUAAAGGCUGGUACCUGUAGCAUUGUAUGGCUAGAGGCAAGUCUUUGUUGGAGAACCUCAAGAGUUGGACCUAAGGCCCCAAACCACACCUCAGACUUUAUUUAGUUUUUUAUGCAUGGUAUCCAGUAGGCAUUUCUUUGGAUUGCUCAGAAUUUUUUUCUUUUAAAUUUUUUUGUUAAUCAAUGCUGUUCAUGAAAACUUGUCUUAAUAAAUCAUGUGUCUUUCCUUUGCAAUGGA